AUGCCUCAAAGUAGGAACAACGUCCCAGAGGUUCCUAAAGGUUGGAAGGCGGUCUUUGACGAGGAGUAUAAGACCUGGUUCUAUGUUGACUUAGGAACCAAUAAAUCACAAUGGGAACCACCAGCAGGUACUACUUUCCCUAGCGAUCAUAAAGCACAACGUCCGGCUGCAUCCCCUCCCGCUACAGGAAGUCGUGGUUACGGUGCAUCUCCAGCGCCUCAACAUGCUAGCUAUGGUUCCCAACCACAACAACAGUAUCCUCAAGCUGGCUACGGUGGUGGCUACGGUGGUGGCUACGGUGGCGCUCCUCCAAUGGGUGGUUAUGGUGCUCCUCCAAUGGGUGGUUACGGCGCUCCUCCAAUGGGUGGUUAUGGCGCUCCUCCAAUGGGUGGCUACGAUGUACCUCCUAUGGGAGCUUACGGUGGUGGUUCCCGUUUCGGCGGUGCCCCCAUGGGUCAACCAAUGUAUGCACAACAGCCUCAAAAGAAGUCGCACGGUAUGCGUAACGGUAUGCUUGGUGCCGGUGCUGGUGUCCUAGGUGGUCUAAUGCUAGGGGAUAUGAUAGAACAUCACGACGACCGUAUUUACGAUCAAGGUAUGGAUCAAGGUUACGACCAAGGUUUUGACCAAGGCUAUGAUGACGGUGGUGGUUUCGAUGACGGUGGUGGUGAUUUCUGA